AUGGGAUACCCAGCGGUUUACGACAUCGCGGCUGUUUUCUACCCUACCCUUGUAGCGAUUGGCGUCCCGGUUAAUUUAACGGCGAUUGUGAUCCUCUCUCGGGGAAAAUGCGGACUCUCCAGAUGCAUCACCCGUUACCUGGUUGGAAUGGCAACAGCGGAUCUGAUGGUGGUUAUCGUCGUUGCUUUCGUGGAACAGGUCAACUAUAUCUACACUUAUUCCAGAUACCUGCUCAUCACUCCUGUCUGCGCGCUGACAGUUGUACUCAGGAAUGUAACGAUGGACUCUUCUGUUUGGUUUACGGUCAGUUUUACCUUCGAUCGCUUCAUCGCAAUAUGUUGCCGAAAGCUGCGGGAGCGAUACUGCACCGAGGGAACAGUGACGGUGGUGAUCGUGACCGUGGUUAUAGUGAGCUGCGGGAAAUGUGUCCCGUUUUAUUUUGCCGUUGAACCUUACGCCAUCAUUGACAACACGCCGUGGCGCUGCGUCUUCACACUGGAAUACGCUACUUCACCCGUGUGGAAAAUAUUCGAAUUGUUGGACAGCAUUUUAACACCGCUGCUACCAAUCGGCUUAAUUCUAGUGUUCAAUGUGUUAACAGUGAGGCAUAUCAUUGCGGCAAAUAGAGUCCGCAGAGGACUACGGAACAACGGCGAUAAUCAGAAGGAUACCGAGGUGGAAAAUCGUCGGAAAUCGAUGAUAUUGUUGUUUGCUAUAUCAGCUAAUUUCAUAUUAUUCUGGAUGCCCUAUGUCGCCCGUUCUCUGAAGUGGCAAUCUCAAAACUACUUUUAUCAGGACAGACAUUUGAAUUCCCCGGUAUAUAUCCUACAGCAGUUUGGGUACAUGUUGCAAAUCCUCAGCUUCCAGAAGGAACAGGCUGUGAUCUGGUCACCUGGGCCCCGUGCCUGGCUCAACUGGUUGGUCUAG